UCAAUUUCAGUUUUUCGUUCAGCGCUCAGUUUGCGACGAGCCAUUGAGCAGAACAGUCGGUGCUGAAACUGCGCAGCUGCAACCUCUCGCGAUGUUCAUCUCAACAGUACCAUUCCACAUCAGUUUCAAUCGGUGCGGACCUAAAUAGACCUUCGAGUGCGGUUCCGAAUUUGUGUCUUUUCGUUGUGCGACACCAACCGAACCCAAAAAUACACUUUGAUAAUUUGGAGAUUUAAUUAAUUAGAGCAAGACUGCACAAUGAUGUUCAUCUGGUGCUUCUUCUUAUCUGUGAUAGCUCUGAGCGCAGCUCAGGAGGAAUCGGUCAGCAUCAAUCGACCAAGAGCGAGGAUGCAGCAACCGCGGGUUCAAAUUAUUACCGAUCAAACACGAUGUUUUUGCAACCUGCCCAUUUGCGUCAGCACUGGUUACAUGUGCAAAUCGAGCAGUGGUGGAUGUUUUUCCGAUUUCCUGGACCCAACCGUCGGGUCAGCUUACAUAGGCCGGCAUGGAUGUGUGGAAUAUUUGACCGAAUCUUUAAGACACUUUUGCCUCACAGAGAAGAAUGGGCAAAUCCACAACCGCGACAAACAACAUCCCAGAUCGCUUUUGGUGUGCUGUUCGGCCGAUUUAUGCAAUCACGCCGAUAAUCCAUCAAUCAGAAUCCUACUUAACAACUCCUUAGAUGACGACGGCAAAUAUCCGCAUCAGACUCCCGAAUCAUACUUGUAUUCGAACUCAGAAGUCUGGUUCAGAGCGGCAACAAUAGCCGUUCCUAUUUGCGGUGCUGUGAUAUUGUUCGCUCUGAUUGCUGUGGCUGUGAAACUUUUAAGGAAGGAAAACGAAAGGUAUUUCCAACAUAAAUUAAGGCCAGCAAUGUAUGUGGUUCCAACCGAACACCAACAUGAGACAUGGCCGAGUCAUGUCUCGGUGAGGACGCCGAUCUACAGUCCUGCACAUCCCAGUGCCUUUGGAGUAAAUGAGGAGGAGGACAUGUCACAUAGACAAUCCCAGAUGCCUCUGCUUGUGGGACAUGAAGGCGGCAAUCUCGCUAACGAGAGCAAGAAUGACGCUUACGCGAAGCUGAACUACGUUCAAUGUGACCGAAAUUCGCGCAAAUCGUUAAUAGUGGAGAUAGGAAAGAGUACGCCCGACUUCUCCGUGGCUGCCAACCUGAACUUGAAUAGCGGCGACAAGUUUUCCAAAGAUGAGAAACGCCUCUACUCGUAGUAUAGUUACUUAUUUUUGCUUUAUCAGACUGAAAAUUUUACCGCGGAGCACUGAUUCCCACCGACUUCCCUACUUAAAUCACUACAUACUUAAGCCCGUUUCACUCAAGAGUAGAAAUCUCAAUUUACUCAGACUGUUAGUAAUAGAUUUAGCUUAAUCAUUAACACUUAGAGAAUUACCAGAAAUGUAGAACUGAGUUCCCCUGGAGCCACAUACUUUACGCGUUAACACAGCGACUUUCAGCGAUAUUUCAAUAUUAAGACGAAUUCCCACUGGCAUUCGUGCAAUACACUAAACUGGGGUCUGUAGAUACGUACCAUUAAACCAGAAAAUGUGAUGUUUUACUAAUUCAUAAAUAUAUAUAUAAUUAUAAUCUGUUCCUCACAUUGUACAUAUACGAUUAGGUACUUAAAGUUAAGAUAAAUCGCUUAUUUAUUGUAAUGUUGUAUUAUUUUUGAGAAGUAGCCUGUAAGUUUGUAUAGUACGUUAAAAUAUAUUUUUAUAAACCCGAAA